GGAAAGUACAAUGAGUCAGAGGCGUUGCACCGGCAUGACCUCGAGGGGCGUGAGAAGAUUCUCGGAACAGACCACCCAGACACCCUAACAAGUGUCAGCGGCCUGGCUACGGUGCUGCAAUACCAAGAAAAGUACAACGAAUCAGAGAUGAUGAAUCGGCAUGUACUAGAGCGGCAGGAGAAGAUACUCGGGCCAGACCACCCAUACACCCUAAUAAGCGUCCAUAACCUGGCUGGGGUAUUGCAAUGCCAAGGAAAGUACGAUGAAUCUGAAAUGAUGAAUCGGCGUGCACUAGAGCGGCAGGAGAAGAUCCUCGGGCCUGACCACCCACACACCCUAGCAAGUGUCCGCAACCUGGCUGGG